AGACCAACAUGGCGGAAAAACAUGCUCUUCACGAAAGUGAUGAGGGUUAUGCCGAAAGUGGGUACGAAAAUGGUGGUUUCAAGCGGCAAAAACUUGCGUCAGGCGAGGCUCAUAGAACGUAUCAGGCUGGAGGUGGUGGGAAUCCGCACUAUACGGAUCCCUCGCCAGUCAUUCAUGUGCGUGGGGUUGCUGAUGAAGCCCGCGAACAAGAUUUGAUGCACGCUUUGUCAACAUUCGGUUCAAUCAGUUGUGUGACAAUGAUGCCGAAACUGCGACAAGCGUUAGUGGAAUUUGACGAGGUUUCAUCAGCAAAAUCUCUGAUGGAUUAUACACAGGGUGGACAGACAAUUGUGCUUAGUGGAAGACCUGCUUACUUCAACUUUUCAAAGAGCAAGAGUAUUUCCAAAAACCUGCAUAUACAGCAAGAGCUUCCCCCAAACAGAAUACUUUUGAUCACCAUUAUUAACCCUCAAUAUCCCAUAACAACAGACAUUCUGCACACAAUCUUCAGUAAACAAGGCCAGGUAUUAAGGAUUGUCAUUUUCAGGAAGAGUGGUUUGCAGGCUAUGGUUGAAUUUGCUACUGUGGACCAAGCCCAACAGGCUAAAGAUGUUUUAAACAGUGCUGAUAUUUACACUGGCUGUAACACACUGAAAAUAGAAUACUCAAGGGCUACAUCACUGAAUGUGUACAAGAACGAUGAGGAAACAUUUGACUAUACUGAAGACAAAGCACAUGGUGCUGUUGGAGUGAGACCGCCUAUGAAAGAAGGUCUACUAAGUCGCCCCCCAGGCGGGCCAUAUCCUGGCCGAGGGGGAAUGGUGAUGCGCGGGCCUAGGCCUUUGCUACAGCAGUCACCUAUGGCAGGAGGUUGUGUUCUGAUGGUGUAUGGACUACAUCAGCACAAGAUGAACUGCGACAGAGUUUUCAAUAUUCUUUGCUGCUAUGGAAAUGUCCUCAAGGUGAAGUUCUUGAUGAAUAAGCCUGGAGCAGCCAUGGUGGAGUUGAGUGACCACGUGGCCUGUAACACUGUCAUUCAGUGUCUGAGGAACCAGCAACUGUUCGGUGAACAGUUAGAGUUCAGUUUUUCCAAGCAAAAGUACCUUGUAGAUGCGUCGACUGUCUCAGAUUUGCCAGACGGAACUCCAUGUUACAAGACUUACACAAAUUCCAAGAAUCAAAGGUUUUGGACACCGGAACAAAGCAGCAAGAAUCGUAUAUUUUCUCCAACGAAAGUAUUACACUUUUUUAAUGCCCCGCCAGACUUUGAAACAGAAAAAGUGACAGAGAUGUGUUCAAAUUGUGGCGUGGAGCCGCCCGUUGCUGUUAAAGUCUUUCCAAAUGCCUCGCGGUCAGCGGCAGGUCUGUUAGAAUGGAACAGCCCGUCCCAGGCCCUUGAGGCACUGGCAGCGUGCAAUCAUUACGUGAUUCGUGAUCCAGCUGCAAAAACCAUCUUCACAGUUAAACUUGCCUUCUCGUCCAUGUCCAGCGCCCAGUGAGAGAAAAGUCAAAAGCGACCUGUCCCUCCCCUGACGUAUUGUUAUAAGCGACCCUGUCGUAGGGUGGGAAAGUAACCUACUUAGGAUCCUAGCAAGAAAAGAUACAGAAUUUCAUCUAAAAGAAAACGAAAAAUUGAGAUUUAUUUUGGAGUCAUUAUUGUCCAAGUAUUUUAGGAAAAAAGUUAAAACUAUUACCAUGUUAUUUGAAGUAGAUGUGUUUGUUUAUUUUUUAAGAGUUUUAUUUGCUACUUGGUAGUAUUAGAUGGAAGAUUAGUCCUUAUAUCCCAUAGAGAGUUCACGAUGUUUUUUGUAAAAUUAUUCAUUCUAGUAAAGAGAAGCGUGCGCUUUAAUUUGGUAGAGAUCAUGUCAUUCUGCAAAGCUGAAACGCUGUGACAGGUCUGUGUGACAAACUGCAAAAUGAAUUUUUUUCUUCCCAAAGCAAGAAGCAGCGACGUUUUUGCAGUCGGGAUCAUCGUACACAAAUUCGUGCGACUUAUUGCGUUGAUAAUUGAUGUCGCAGUGACAGGUUUUUUACAAAAUUUUUCAUGUCACACCUUGCGAAUUGACGCUGAGACUUUUCCCUCCUAUUGUCGCAACGACCGGUCGCUUACUACCUGAUUACUAAUAUGUAGGCCCUAAUUUGCAAUCCGGUUGCCUUGUUUUUUUUUAUUAUUUUUAAAAUUUUUUUCUGAAGGUAAGGGAUAGAAAUGAACACACACACAAAAAAUGGCUAUGCUUAGAAAAUGCAUUUUCUUUGAUUGUCAUGUGACUGUAUAUUUCCUAGGUUACGUGGAUGUUUUUGCGCAGGCUCAUUUCCAGACAGCAGCUGGUAAUCGAGUCUAACCCCCCAUAUUUCGUCACUCGGGAGUUACUAGACGAUAUUCACUUUGCCAUCAGAGAAAAUUUAUAAAAUAUUUUGAUUUAACUCUCAAAUUCACGUAUAGCUUUUGUAACGGAAAUUGUGUUAUAUCGGCUAUUUACGCAACCCUCUUACUGCUGUUGAAACGGUAGCCUCGUCAAAUAAAACGACUUAGUUGGACAGGUCAUUAUAUCACCAUGAUUCUUGUGUGGGCAGUAAUCCGUGCAAAACAUAGUGAUUUCUCAUUGCGGAGCAUUCGUUCACGCUUUAGAAGGAGUGAAUAAAAUGCCAACGUUCUACUUACAAA